AUGUCAAGUCAAUUGAGUUUACUACAGAUGGACUCCAAUCAAGUUGUGGACACAUCUCAAGGAUGAUCAAUGGAAACACAGGAUGCGCUUGAGCUCAAUUUUGAGUUUCAUAGCAAAGGGUCUGAAUACUUACGUAAAUAAGUUAUUUCUGUUUUUUAUGUUAACACAUUUGCAAAAAUGUCUAAAAAACAGUUUUCGCUUUGUCAUUAUGGGGUAUUGUGUGUAGAUGUAUUAGGAAAAUAAUUAAUUUAAUCCAGUUUAGAAUAAUGCUGUAACGUAACAACAUGUGGGAAAAGUAUCAGGGUCUGAAUACUUUACGAAUGCACGGAAUAUCAUUGGUUUAUAUAUAUCUUUGCAUAACACCCGUACCCAUCAUUACCGCAGAUGUAGUGUUCGCCCCGAUACCGUAGAGGGCGCUAAACAUAAGGUAAGGUAAGGUAACCGGAUGUAGAUGACCGUACACUUCCUAUUUUGGUACGUACACGUGUUGGAACAGGCAUCGAUUCAACUGGUUAACACGGGCUAUCUAGCAUUGGGUAGCCGAAUCACUGUUUUCUUUGGAAAUAAAGCUAGUUAACACGAACGGAACCAUGCUAUCAGAUUUGGACCUGAUCGGGACAAUUCAGGACCAUGAAGAUGUGCCCGAGGAGCCUGAUUCAGAGUCUGACGACGAAGAUGAACAGCCAAUAGUACUCAACAAGAAGAAGAAAGCGUUGAAGGGCCAUGGUGCUGGGGACUUCAGCGCUGACUUUGAGUUUGGAGAGAGGGAUGGACUCUACAGCGAGGACUGGGCUAUGGCAGAUGUGAUGGCACAGCUGAAGAAGAGGAAAGCCCCCACCACCUUGGAUGAAAAGAUUGAGAAAGUACGCAAGAAGCGCAAAACAGAGGAGAAGGCAAAGACGACAGAAAAACCAGAGAUUCCCUCAGAGGCAGAUGAUGAUGAUGAGGAGGAGGAGGAGGAGGAGGAGGAAGAAGAUGAGAAACCUGAUAUAGCUGAAGAUGGGGCUGAGGUAUCCAAUGAUGAAGACCAGAGUGGUGAUGAUGGGGAGGAGUUUACAUCAGGGGAUGAAGAGGUUCUCACCAAAGCAGAUACGGUGAGGGACAAAGGCAGAAAGAAGACAAAGGCAGAAGAGCCUCAAGAGGCCUUCUUUGAAGACGCCUCAAACUAUGACGACAAACUCAUGUUUCCCGACAUGAACCUCUCCAGGCCUAUUCUUAAGGCUAUCACUGCUAUGGGCUUCAAGCAGCCCACUCCCAUCCAGAAGGCCUGUGUACCUGUGGGGCUUCUGGGCAAAGACAUCUGUGCCUGCGCUGCUACCGGCACCGGUAAGACGGCAGCGUUCAUGCUCCCUGUGCUGGAGCGUCUCAUCUACAAGCCCAAACAGACCGCAGUGACCCGUGUGCUAGUCCUGGUGCCCACGCGUGAGCUGGGCAUCCAGGUGCAUGCCGUGGCCCGCCAGCUGGCCCAGUUCACAAGCAUCACCACCUGCCUGGCCGUGGGGGGUCUGGACCUCAAAUCCCAGGAGGUGGCAUUGCGGAUGGGCCCUGACGUCCUGAUCGCAACGCCAGGUCGACUGAUUGACCACCUGCACAACACGCCCUCUUUUGAGCUCAGCCAGAUUGAGAUCCUCAUCCUGGACGAGGCUGACCGGAUGCUGGACGAGUACUUUGAGGAGCAGAUGAAGGAGAUCAUCAGGAUGUGUGCCUACCAGAGACAGACCAUGCUCUUCUCUGCCACCAUGAGCGAAGAGGUGAAAGACUUGGCGUCGGUCUCUCUGAAGCAGCCGGUUCGUAUCUUUGUGAACAGUAACACAGACGUGGCGCCCUACCUCAGACAGGAGUUUGUCAGGAUCCGACCAGCCAGGGAAGGAGACAGGGAGGCUAUUGUGGCCGCUCUGCUGACACGGACCUUCCAGGACCACGUGAUGCUGUUCACCCAGACCAAGAAGCAAGCCCACCGGAUGCACAUCCUCCUGGGCCUGAUGGGGCUGAAGGUGGGAGAGCUGCAUGGGAACCUGUCCCAGACCCAGAGACUGGAGAGCCUCAGGCGGUUCAAAGAUGAACAGAUUGACAUCCUUGUGGCCACAGACGUUGCGGCUAGAGGUCUGGAUAUCGAUGGAGUCAAGACGGUGAUUAACUUCACCAUGCCCAACACAGUGAAGCACUACGUUCACAGGGUGGGUCGCACGGCCCGUGCCGGCAAGGUCGGUCGCUCUGUGUCCCUGGUGGGCGAGACCGAGAGGAAGAUGCUGAAGGACAUCGUCAGGAAGGCCAAGACCCCCGUGAAGGCCCGCGUCCUGCCACAAGAGGUGAUUCUGAAGUUCAGAGACCUGAUUGAGAAGCUGGAGAAGGACGUGUACGCCGUGAUGCGUCUGGAGAGAGAGGAGAGGGCCAUGUCUCACUCGGAGGCUCAGAUCAGUGUGGCACAGAAGCGGCUGGCUCAGAACGCAGACGAGAUGGAUCCCCAGAGGAUGUGGUUCCAAACGCACGACGAGCGCAAAAAAGACCGCAUGACCAAAGCGCUGGCUGACUUUGACUUGGCCCUGAGAGGAAAAAAGAAGAGAGAGAAGUUCAUCAAGGAGGGGAAAAAGAAAGAGUUAUCGUCUGAGGAUAGAGCAGAGUUUGAGGUCCUCAAGUCCCAGAUGUAUGCUGAGCGAUCAGCCAAGAGGGACCGGAAACCCAAACGAGCCAGAGCCAUGCCAGAGGACGAGCCUGUCCAGAAAGGUGCGAAACAGAAAGCUGGUAAACCAGCCAAGAAGUCUGUAUUUGACAAAGAACUUACAAACACCAGUAAGAAAGCACUCAAGCAGUACAGAGCUGGACCCUCCUUUGAGGAUAAGAAGAGGCUUGGAAUUCCAACGAACAAGAAACGAGGCGGUGGCUUCAAGUCCAAGGCCAAGUUUAGGAGAAAGUAAGAGCUGCCUUGAUGGGAAAAUGACAAGAUAUGCAAUUUGGAUGGAUGGAUUCACCUCCACUGUGUCCUUUGUUUUGAGUGUCUGUCUUCCUAAAUCAGUGCUUUCCCACUUUUCAGUGGGGACAUAAUGGAAAUAGACUGGAAAGGUUUUGGCUGAAAUCAUUUCAUUAGCCUCAGAUUGCACUCUGCGUCCUCUCUUAGUUUUUAUAUGUCAGACCUACACACACGCAAACAAACAUACAGGUUGCAGUGUGUAACCAUACUGUGGUUUUAUGUAACCUGUUGUGGCUUCACUUAAAAAUAUGUAAUGCUGAGAAACAUAUGUUCUUUUGAAGAUAAUAAAAGUUUAAUAUGUAUUAUUCUGAGCGAUGGGUUUUUCAUGAGUCUCGAAUGGCCAUCGUCCUUGCAGUAGUGAAAUCCAUGUAGGGAUUAUGUUGGUUUUUGUUGAAAUAGUGUGUCAAUAAAGAUACAAAAUGGUGA